GUGGACUCGACCUCAGACAAUCACCAUCCUCUUUCUUCCUCGAUGCUUCUUUAUCGGAAAUUCCGAAACAUUCUUAGAUGAAAAUCGACAGUCAUCCAACGAUCAUCCUUCAGUCGAGAGUGUAGAGCCAAGCCCUCAAUCCAUCCAAAAGCCCUAAUAUUUUCUCUUCCCAAGUACUUCUACAUCCCCAUAAUCAUUAGUCAUGGCGUCACCGAAGAGGCCGCCGGAAGUCGAGCGACGGCCGGCUGCCAUCAUGGUGCAGCCGUCAUCGCCUCGUUAUCCACUGAGCCAAUCGGGGACGCCGACGACUGGAGCCCAGCGGAGGAUCGCGAUUGCGGUGGAUCUGAGCGACGAGAGCGCAUACGCCGUGAAAUGGGCGGUGCAGAACUACCUCCGCCGCGGCGAUGCCGUGAUCCUCCUGCACGUCCGCCCCACCUCCGUCCUCUACGGCGCCGAUUGGGGCCCCACCCACCCCCCGUCCGACAACUCGACCGACGAAGAGUCGCAGCGCAAGCUCGAGGACGAUUUCGACGCAUUCACGGUCUCGAAGGCGAACGACUUGGCCCAGCCUCUGGUGGACGCUCAGAUCCCUUUCAAGAUUCACAUAGUGAAAGAUCACGACAUGAAGGAGAGGCUGUGCUUGGAGGUGGAGAGGUUAGGGUUGAGCGCUGUGAUUAUGGGCAGCCGAGGGUUUGGGGCUUCCAGACGCAACACCAAGGGCCGCUUGGGAAGUGUCAGUGAUUACUGCGUGCAACACUGCGUUUGUCCCGUUGUUGUCGUCAGGUUUCCUGAUGAUAAAGAUGGCGGCGGCGGCGAUGGCGACGCCGGGGCGGUGGACGACGGCAAGGGGCUGCACCCGUUGCCGGAGGAGGAGCCGGAGUUCCAUGAUGCCUCUGAUAAGCAAACAGAACUGGGGAAAGCUUCUUGAGCGAACCAGGUGACGGGAAACUGACAUGUAUUUAAAGUUGGGAAGCCGGGGCGUCAGAAGUUGUUGAAUCAUCUUUGUAGGCAUAGACUCGUGCCAUUCGACAACAAUGGAGUGCUGAAGUGUGGAACCUUCUCCUGGUUCAGGUCGUUCUGUUGCUGCAUGUACACUUCAGUUGUGUUCAGAAAAAAAACUAUGAACCUCUAUUACCAAAAAAAAAAAAAAAAAGAAAAAAAAAAGAAAAAAGAAAAAAAGAAGAAAACUAUUAAAGCUUGGAAUGAUUGUUUUGUUGUUUUUAGAUGGAUUGUGGUGCUCUUUAUUUUGCCUAAAAUGACUCUUGCUUUGUGAUCUCAUCCUCCUUUACGUUAUUUUUUAAUUUGAAGUGGAAUUUUGUAGA